AUGCCCCGCCCUCGGCAUAAUACGACGGCUUUGCCUCGCGAUCUACGAUCCGAGCUCGGAAUCCGUGAUGUCUACGGUGACAAGAAGCGUCGCCUGAACGGACCUGCCUCGCGCAAAGAACGCCGCCAAAAUGAGCGUACGCAGAAGAAAUCCCGACACACAGCCCCGCAGACCAAGAAGACCUUUGACCGCCCACAGCAGAGGCAUCAGCAAAAGCCUCAGCAGCAGGCCCAGGAUGACAGCGACGAGGACGACGGCAUGGAUCUCGACGAGGGACCUAGUGCACCGCAGACCAAAUCUAAAUCCACGAAAGAGGCCGCGAAGAAGCCCAAAUCUAUCCUGAAGAAAGCAGCAGAUCAACAGGCCUCCGAGUCCGAGUCCGACUCUGAGCCCGAGUCCGGUUUCGGGUCAGAAAUCGACCUCAAUGAGGAUGAGGAUGAGGAUGAGGAUGAGGAUGAAGACGACGAGUCGGAUGACGACGCCUACGAAGACGAGCCCGAGGAUGAGCCCGAACAAACUGAGGCCCACAUCCCCGGAUCGGUCAAGGCUAAGUUGGCGCAAGACGAUGCCGAGAUUGCUGCAUUGGAGAAAAAGCUUGGCCUCAAGAAAGGAGGUAAACCAAAGGCCGUCGAGGAGGAUGGACUAGAGGAUUUGCUGGGAGACCUAGGUGGUGGUGGCGGCGAUGCCUCAGAGGAUGAGAGCAAAAAACGCAAACGAGAAGCCGAUGAUUGGCUACUAAACAAGAGACUCAAGGCGAAGAGCUUGCAAGCCCAACAACUCGAAAAAGAUGACAGUGAAAUGGAUAGCGCCGAGGAUCUCGAUCUCGACGAGGAAAUCUUUGGAGGCGAUGAUUCUGACGAGGCCGCCGAAGGCAGUGAUUUCGACGGUUUCGACGAGGAAGAACGCAAGGAGCCAAAAAAGAAGGAGAAUCCUUAUAUCGCCCCAGUCACGAAAACCGAACCCACCGCCCAAAAGUACAUUCCACCUUCGUUACGAGGUCUCUCAGACCCGGAAAGCGAAUCUCUCACUCGCCUCAAGCGCCAGGCCCAGGGACAUCUCAACAAGUUGUCCGAGGCGAACAUGCUCUCGAUUGUUGCCGAAUUCGAAAAGCUUUACCGCGAUUACCCACGCCAACACGUCACAUCUACCUUGAUCAGCCUACUAAUGGGCCUGAUUUGCGAGAGGGCUGCCCUUCAGGACACCUUCCUCAUCUUGCAUGCCGGUUUCAUUGCGGCAUUGUAUAAACUCAUGGGAAUGGACGUUGGUGCAGAGAUUAUCCAAACAGUUGUCGAAACAUUGGAUGCAGAUGGCGAUGAGCGUGGAAAGUUCCAAGGAAAAGAAGCUACCAACUUGGUCUCUCUUCUCUCGCAACUUUACAACUUCCACGUCAUUGGUUCUUCCUUGAUGUUUGACUACGUUCGUCUUUACGUGCAGGAUAUCACGGAAGCGAACACCGAACUCUUGCUCAAGGUCAUUCGAAAUUCUGGCCCUCAACUUCGGCUCGAUGACCCGUCCGCACUCAAAGAUAUUGUAUUGCUCAUUCAGCCCGCUGUCGCGAAGGUUGGCGAAGAUAGUCUUUCCGUUCGAACGAAGUUUAUGAUUGACCUCAUCACGGAUUUGAAAAACAACCGCUCCAAAGCCUCCGCUGCGGCUGGCGCAGGUAUCACCACAGAACACAUUACCAAAAUGCGCAAAAUUUUGGGUUCUCUGAACAACUCUCGGGUGAUUCGCGCAUCCGAACCUAUUAACAUCUCCCGUGACGAUAUCCACAACUCCUCCAAGAAGGGCAAGUGGUGGUUGGUCGGUGCAAGCUGGAAGGAAGAUCCUCUCAUAACAGCACAAAGAGAAAUGGCUGGUCUGCAAACGACCCAACCUGAGGACCAAGAUGAUGGAAGCGACGGCGAGCCUGACUUUGGUGUUCUUGCCCGUGCCCACCGCAUGAACACCGACGUUCGUCGAUCGAUCUUCGUUGCCAUCAUGUCUGCCAACGACUUCCAAGAUGCACAUGUCCGACUCAUGAAGCUUCGUCUCAAGCGGGCGCAGGAGUUUGAAAUCCCUCGUGUCCUCCUACACUGUGCCAUGGAGGAACAGGCCCACAACCCAUACUAUUCUCUGAUUGCCCGUCGGAUUUGCGGUGAGCAAGGUCGACGCAUCAAGAUGUCCUUUAUGUUUGCACUUUGGAAUGAGUUCAAGAAAAUGGGCGAGCGAGGAGAUAUUGGUGAGGAUGAAGAUAACGACUUCGAUCCAGAUGAUGAGGAGAACGGUGUCAGCAUGAAGUCUGUGGUCAACCUGGCCAAGAUGUUCAGCACCCUCAUCAUGGACGGCAGCUUGACACUGAGCAUUUUGAAGAAUCUCAACUUCGCAUAUCUGCAGCCAAAGACGAAGACGUUUGUCGAAGUCUUGAUCAUCAGUAUCAUUCAACAAUCUCAGAAGUCCAAGAAGAAGAAGAAGUCGAAGAACUCCACACCAGAUGAGCCUGAGAAGGAUGAAGGACCUUUGAUGCAAAUCUUCCUGCGUGUCAGGGAGACACCACACAUUGCCAAGGGCCUUAUCUAUUUUGUGCGAAAGGUUGUCGCAAAGACUGAUAUUGUGUCCCCCGAGGAACUCAAGCUAGUUCGGUGGGGAUGCAAUGUGGCUGCGGAUGCCCUUAAGGCUGUGGCGGAGUAA